GACUUUGUUCUUUUUUUUUGGAAGGAAAUAGGAUAAAUACUAAGCAUAGAAAUGAGAUACCUAGAAAAAGUUAAAGACUUGAGGCUAAACGAAAGCUUUCUUUUGGACAAUAUGGGUGGGAGGUAGGCGUUGCUUAUUCUGCGCAGUGUCGUAUUAUGGACGCUAAGGUUUCUGGGGGCAUUGCUUUGAACAAGGGAAGCGUUGUGUUGUGGAGUCGUCAGUUUUUUCAUCUCGGGAACUUUCAAGGCUUCCUCAUCAUCAUGGCUAGUAUGCGGUCUGGAAAAGAAGAGAGAAUCAGGUAUGUGAAGGGAGACCUUUUUACCUCUCCUGGAACAGAUUCAUUGGCUCACUGCAUCAGUGAAGAUUGCCACAUGAGUGCUGGCAUAGCUGCCAUUUUUAAGAAAAAAUUUGGUGGUGUUCAGGAACUCUUGAGCCAACGAAAAACAACUGGGGAGGUUGCUGUUCUGAAGAGGGAGAACCGAUAUGUGUACUAUUUGAUUACAAAAAGCAAAUACUUUCACAAGCCUACAUAUGACAAUCUACGGAACAGUUUAGAAGCUAUGAAAAUCCAUUGCCUGAAGAAUGGUGUAACUUGCAUUUCUAUGCCCAAAAUUGGGUGUGGACUUGAUCGCCUGGAUUGGAAUAAAGUUUCAUUAAUGCUUGAAGAAGUAUUUGAGGAUACAAAUAUUAAAAUCACAGUUUAUACACUUUAAGAUAGCAUUCUUGAGACAGUUGUUUCGUUUUUCCAUUUGUUGUAGUUUUGUGUUUGUAACUGAUUUGGUAUAAGAUGGUGGGCUGAUCAUAACUAUGUUUUCUUCCACUCUUCCAGACAUUUCUUAUCACUGCUUUCUUCCACUCUUCUAUACAUUUCUUAUCACUGCUAAUGUUCAAUUAUAUAUAGUAUUAUGUAAAAUGCAUAGUUAGAUUAUCUAGGGAUAUACUCUUAGUAUUAUAGCCAACCACCAUGUGUCUCUUUCUACCAUUUGGCAAAUGAUGCAACUAUUUUUUUUUUUAAAAACGUUUUUACGUUACUGUGUGUGGUUAAUUUUUUCACUGCAAUUUGUUUCAAAAUAAUAUGGAAAACUAUGACACUUCAGUAAAAUAUGAAAAUGUAUUUGCUGUUCUUUAUUUUUACAUAAAUGUUGUUUUCAAA